UUAUAAAUUGGACAGUUGUUUCACCUUGUGGUCGCAACAGAGGACUAACGUCCAGGGAGCGCACGGUCGCCACGGGAAACUAUCUUCAGACUGUCCCAUUUUAAAAAGACUUUCUUUUGCUAUGAGUAAAGACGUCGAGAUGAAGGAAGUUGAGCUCAACGAGUUGGACGAGAAGCAGCCAAUGACCGGAGAUGGUUCGGCCGAGAAAAACGGCUCCGUGAAGGUGAAGGUCCCAGAGGACUCGGAGGUGAAAUUCACCGGCCUGUCGAAAGAGGAACUUAUGCGAGUUGCAGGCACCGCAGGAUGGGUCCGGACUCGAUGGCUCUUGCUGGUUUUGUUCUGGCUCGGCUGGGUGGGCAUGUUGGCUGGCGCUAUCGUGAUCAUUAUCCAGGCCCCACGCUGCAAGCCGCUGCCCGAGAUGAACUGGUGGAAUGAGGGACCUUUGUACCAGAUCAGAGACGUAGAGGCCUUCGCUGGCGACAAGGGCCUGGCAGGAGUGGAGGAGAAGUUGGAUCAGCUGAAUCAGCUGAAGGUGAAGGGCCUGAUCCUCGGCCCUCUCCACACUGUUCAGGUCAACGAGGCGCCUACGCUGAACCUGAAGAGCAUUGACCCCAGCUUCGGAUCAGUGGAGGAUUUGGACAGUUUGAUGGAGCGCGCUCACAAGAAGGGUAUGUCCAUUGUUUUGGACCUGACACCCAACUAUGAAAGUGACGUCAAUCAAUGGUUCGGAGGAUUCAGCAACAUGGCCCAAAGUCUCAAGGAGGCCAUGGAGUUCUGGGCGGCCAAAGGGCUGGACGGCGUCCUGCUGUACUCGCUGGAUGCGGUGUUCCCUGCCAGCCCUGACCAGUGGGCUCCACUGUUGGCCACUCUGGAGGUGGAGGAGGUGGAAGGGGCCAAGAAAAGAGCUCUCAUCGGCGUGGCCGACGGACUCACCAUAUCCGACGCGGCGCAGUUGCUCAACAGCACGGGCAUGAACCUGCUGCUGCCCGAGCUGCAACCGGCGGCCAGCGGUCAGUCCUGGGCCAACGUCAUCCAGCAGCUCUACUCCAGCCACCUGCAGACCAGCCAGGGCUGGUGCCUGAGCCGCCCCAACGUGGGCCACCUGGCCUCGCAGGUGACGCCCAAGCUGCUGCGCCUCUACCAGCUCCUGCUGUUCACGCUGCCCGGCACGCCCGUCUUCAACUACGGCGACGAGAUCGGACUCGAGGACCAGGAUACUAAUAUUACUCCUGCUAUGGUGUGGGACUACGAGGGGCCUGAAGAUGAGAAAAAUACUACAGCAAAGGAGCUGAGAGAAGAGCUGAAGUCUCGGCGGGACUGGUUCCGCUCGCUGAGCGACCUGCGCGGCAAGGAGCGCUCGCUGGCGCACGGCGACUACGUGGCGCUCCACAACGCCACCGCCUCGCUGGCGUACGUGCGCGUCUGGGACCAGAGCGAGCGCUUCCUGACCGCCGUCAACUGGGGCUCGGCCGACGCCAAGCUCCGCCUCGCCCACCCGGAGCUGCCCGCGCAGGCCUCCGUCCGGUACAGCACCGACACGGAACGCCACGCGCAGGGCAGCUCGGUGGACCUGGACGUCCUGGAGCUCGGGCCCGGGCAGGCUCUGCUGCUGUCCUACCCCUUCUCGGCGUAGAGUCCAGGAGACGAGCGCAACACAUAGACACACACACACACACACACACACACACGUAGAUGCAGCCUAGAAAUGUGUGAGACACACAGGCAGGCACACAGGGACGGUAGACUCUGGAAAAAAAGCUAAAGGUUAUCUGCAAACAGACACAUACAAGAGUGAGCAUCUACUGAACAAUUGCCAUAUCCACACUAGGCCUGUUCAAGCUCAGAAAUAUUUCCUCAGAGGGUGAGAAUUUGUUUGUGUUUGAGCAUUUGUUUGAAAGUGUUAUGAAAGGUAAUUUUUAAAAUUUCAGAACAGAGUUUUGAAACAAGAGUUUAAUUUAACUGCCUUUAAAAAAGAGACAAAGUUACGAUAGAGGGGGAAAGUGGUGCAAUGUGAACGGCAGACUUUUUUUUUUUUUUUACCGCUCUGUACUUUCAACUUUGCCUUGAUACAAAGUUAGCAGGAAAAGACCUAUGUGUCAUCAAGCUGAACCAGAGGAAAUAAAAAACACCCUCACUGGCACAAAA